GUAUCACCACUUUACAUUUAAGUUGUGACAUUUAGUUCUCACGCAACUAUCGUCGGAUAACAAUGAGUCGCCAGAUUCAAUUUGUUAUUUUGACCAUUGUUUUGCAACUAAUUAACAGUCAAGAUCAGCAGCAGACAAUAUCGAUAGUGUUUAUUCACGAAAUCGAGCAAAAAGAUGUACAGCGGGACGUGUCGCUGAUAUUUAAAGGAAUAGAAACGAAUUUCGGGAAUCAAAUUUCAUUGGCUGAUCGUUGGAUUGCUUAUGAUCGGCAGCAUUCAGAUGACAGUUAUGAUUCAUUGUGUCAAGUCCUGAAUGCUGGAGUAACAACAAUCGUUGACUUUACUUAUUCUCCUUGGUCUGAAUUGAAAGAACUGUCGGCUGCGUGGAGGAUUCCUCACUAUCAUGUUGAUACAACAUUAAGCUCGUAUGUCACAGCACUGGCCACGUUUCUAAAGGAGAAGAAUGCUAUCGAUGCAGCAUUAAUAUUUCAAAGCGAAAAAGAUCAAACGGAAUCAUUAUAUCGUUUGGUACAAGGAUCCACUUUGCGUACAGUCACUUAUAAUGGAAUGACAUACGAAAAUGCUGAAAGGAUCAAAAAACUACGACCGGUACCAUCGUAUUAUGGUGUUUUUGCAACCUCAGAGAAUAUGGACGACUUUUUCGAAAAGAUCGAACACUUCAAUUUGAUCAGAAGUCCUGACAAAUGGAAUUUAAUUUUCUUGGAUUUCAUGACGACAACGUUUGAGAGUCACGGCAAAUAUCCAGCAUUAACUACAUUAAUUCCGAACAACGCAAUGUGCUGUAAGUUAACGUCAGCAAACGCGGAUUGUAAAUGCACUGAAAAAUCAUCGAUAACAAAACUGGUCCUAACGAAUUUUAUAAACAAUUUAGUAGCAAGUCUAAAUGAGCACGAUGUGCCACUUCGAAACAUAAAAUGUGCAGACGAGCCAUCUCCGGACGAUGCAGCCACUCAGAACGAUCUAUUGGAUAAAAUGUCUGAAUCGUUGCGGACUAUAGAAUCAUUUUCCAUGACUGACAACGACUUUAAAUUCUACCUAAAUAUGUCGGUGACGGCGGAAGAUACCGAAAAUCCUGGAGAAUUAAUUCAAUUGGGAACGGUGGAUGAUCACCAAUUCGUCGCGUCGAGUCCUCAAGUAAUCAAAAGUUCGAAACGGUUUUUUCGUGUUGGUAUUACUGAAGCUAUUCCUUGGACGUACAUGAAAACGGACCCGAAGACCGGCGAAACGAUGAUUGAUGAGACGGGGAAUCCUAUUUGGGAAGGAUACUGCAUUGAUAUGAUAGAAAAAUUAGCGGAAGAUCUGGACUUUGAUUAUGAACUUGUUGUACCGAAAAAAGGCACAUUCGGGAAGCGGAUAGCAUUCAACAAAUGGGACGGUUUAGUUGGUGAUUUAAUGACUGGGGAAACGGAUAUUGCAGCCGCAGCAUUAAAGAUGACAGCUGAACGAGAGGAAGUAAUAGAUUUUAUAGCUCCCUAUUACGAACAAACCGGAAUUUCUAUUGUGAUUCGUAAUCCGGUACGACAAACUUCGUUAUUUAAAUUCAUGACUGUACUGCGACUGGAAGUCUGGCUUAGCAUUAUUGUUGCUUUGGUUGCAACUGCAAUAAUGAUAUGGCUGCUAGAUAAAUACUCUCCAUACAGUGCGAAGAACAAUAAAGACGCUUAUCCGUAUCAGUGCAGAGAAUUUACAUUGAAAGAGAGUUUCUGGUUCGCUCUUACAUCGUUUACACCGCAAGGAGGUGGUGAAGCGCCAAAAGCUUUGUCCGGUCGAACAAUGGUUGCGUCUUAUUGGCUAUUUGUUGUGCUGAUGCUGGCUACAUUCACUGCAAAUUUGGCUGCCUUUUUAACAGUAGAACGAAUGCAGACUCCUGUCCAAUCUUUAGAUCAACUAGCACGUCAAAGUCGAAUAAAUUAUACAGUGGUGUCCGAAUCGGAUACCCACAAAUACUUUAUAAACAUGAAGUUUGCUGAGGACACACUGUACCGAGUUUGGAAGGAAAUUACGUUAAACAGUACAAACGACCAAGCCCAGUAUAGGGUCUGGGACUAUCCAAUCAGAGAACAAUACGGUCACAUUCUUCUCGCUAUUAACUCAUCAAAUCCAGUGCGUGACGCUGCAGAAGGAUUUCGUAAAGUUAACGAACACGAAAACGCUGAUUUCGCUUUUAUUCACGACACAGCUGAGAUUCGAUACGAAAUUUCACGCAAUUGUAACUUAACCGAAGUAGGUGAACCGUUUGCUGAACAACCUUAUGCGCUUGGAAUCCAACAAGGAAGUUAUUUGCAAGACGAACUUAGUCGUCGAAUACUAAACCUACAGAAAGAGCGAUUUUUCGAAUUUUUAUCCGCUAAAUACUGGAACCAAUCAGCUCGGGGACAAUGCGAAAACACCGAUGACAAUGAGGGCAUUACAUUGGAAAGUCUUGGUGGUGUAUUCAUUGCCACGUCGUUCGGAUUAGCUCUAGCUCUAGUAACAUUAAUUGGCGAAGUAAUUUACUAUCGUCGCAAAGAAAAUACAACCACUUCCAGCGAAGUACUGCUGGUUAAAGCUGCCAAAACCGAUGACGACGAUCCGCCACCAACGUUCGAAGAUGUAGCUGGUGCUGCAACCGAAAAUCAACCGAAGAAUCAGAAAAUUCCUAAAACCAUAACGAUCGGGACAGAGUUUGUAAAAGCGUCUGAAAAUCCGAAUGUAUCCUACAUAUCGGUGUUUCCGAAUCAACAAAUGCAACGGCUACGAAAUAGAUUUGAGUGAAACGGUUUUGCAGAUGGCACGAAUUGAGACAAAGAUUUGGAAGCACGUAGAUUUUGUUGUUUAGAGCUAUAAAUGUAGUGACGUUAAAUUGAUGGAUAUAGAAAUAGAUGAAAAAUAAAAAAAAAUCGUUUGCUGUAGUUUGCUAA